UGGAGGGUUUUGUGGCUUCGCUGUGGAGAUGGAAGGCGCCCCGGCGACGAUCCUGCCGCAUUCCGGGAUGGCGCUCUAGGAAGCGCAAGCGAUCGAUCGAUCCAUCGCCGCGGCGGGAAGGGUGGAUCUCUGGUUGUUGAUUUCUUUGUUUGGCCGAUCGCUUGAUCGCAGAAUGAGCGGGCGCCUUGUGAGCUGAAAUAUUGCCGAGAUUUUGGCAGCUAUGCGCGAUCGCCGGUCAUGGGGAUCGUCGCGCAGCUCGGGCUGGGCCUCGUGAUUGUUCUUUGCGCUUUCUUCCCACGGUCUUUGCAAGGGCAUGAUGCAUUACAUUCCAGGCGCGCGUUCCUGCUGGAUCGCGGUGCUGAGGCGAAAUAUCUCCGACACACACGGAAUUUCAGCGAUUCCUUGCCUGGGGAGACGCGCCGUGUGGAUCCUCUAGAUGGUCUCAAGCACUACCGAGGGGGAUUUGACAUCGAGAACAAGCAUUACUGGGCGUCGGUGCUUUUUUCGGGGAUAUAUGGGUACGCACUUGCGGUGGCAUCAGUACUACUUGGCCUCGUUUUCCUGGCGCUGCUUUUUGUUCGAUCGAUGAAGAGGAGGGAUUUAAAAUUCCAAAAGAUUGCUCCUAGUGCUUCAAAUUCCCAUCACUCUAUUGCGUCUUCGGCGGCUUUGAUUCUUUUGACACUGUUAGCACUUGUCUUUUGCUGCUUGCUUCUUGUCGGAAACAAGAGGCUACACGAGGACGCCAACGUUGUGAAAGAUGUUCUUAUUGAGGCUGCCAACAAUGCCACAGCUACUAUAUACAAUGUCACGACAGAGAUGACGGAUAUAACGACCAAGUUGGAGCCAUUCGAUGGUAACCUUACUACUCUGUUCUCGUCGAAGGCUAGGCUCUACUUUGAAGCCGUGCAAAUCCAACAAAAGGUUCAGGACAACAAGAAGCUGAUUGAGAGAACGUUGAAAGAAAUAUACAUCACUAUCCUUGUUACGAGCUCGGUAAUAAUGCUCUUUUUGAUAGUGGGACUAGUUAUUUUGAUCGAGAAGACGCUUCCGUUUUGGUGGUGGUUCUUUCCGUUGAUUACUGUUGCUCUUUGGCUACUGACAGUAUUCAGCUGGAUCGCCUUUGGAUUGUCUUACGCGGCUCACAAUGUCGUGGACGACUCCUGUACAGCUCUAGAGGAGUAUCAACAAAACCCAUACAACAACACAAACGCACUGGGCUUGCUCCUGCCUUGCGUCGAUUCCAAGAAUGGGAACGACUCAGUCCUCAAGAUACGUGAAGGCAUGUACAGAGUUAUCGCACAGGCGAAUAGGAAUAUAUCGAAGCUGCGUACGACGAUGGAUGGCAUCGGGGACAACCGCGUCAUCCCCCACAUUUGCAAUCCAUUCUCCGGCCCUCCACACUACAAACUUACAGGGCAGUGCCUCGAAGGCACUGUGGCCAUAGGUAACGUUCCCCAGGUGCUCCAGCCGUUUCGAUGCUCGGCCAAAGACGAGCACGAGUGUGCUACCGCCGAAGGCGUGCAGCACAUCCCAGACCCGAUCUACAGGACCAUUCUGGCCUACAGCGCCGCCGCGCAGACGCUCAUCGACGCCACCCCAUCGCUGGAAAGCCUCGCGAAUUGCUCCUUUGUGGUGCGCGCUUUCUCGGUGAUCGUGGAUGGUAAGUGCCGCCCCGUGAGGAGCUCCAUCCAUCUCCUCUGGGCUGCUUACGCUGGGCUCGCCACCACCGCGUUUUUACUCCUCAUUCUCUAUGCCAUAAGGAUUUACUCAAAGCUCAAGCAAUCCAAAAUACAGGGUUAAAGUUUUU